UCGGUGAAAAUAAGAAAAUAUAUUGACGACCGACUAGUUUGCCUGGUCGGCUAGUUCAAUGGGGUCACUCUUCAUAAUGAACAAAUUCCCUAUAAUACUGUCAUCUUCAUCCCCACUAGCUUGCACUCAUUUUACAAGAAAAUGGACAGGAAAUUCCAUUCACGCCAAACAGUAGAGUGCAUGUUUAUCAGUAAUUUGAUAUCUCGUGGUGAAACCCAAGAAAUUCAAAAGAAAUGGAACGAAACUAUGGAUUCUAUUGAUCAGAAAAUCCAAGCCAUUAUCAGAAUUCCACUUGUCAGAUUAAGGUUAAUUCGAAUUGGGAAGCAGCUAGAGUGCGAGAAAAUGCACGUGCAUGGUUCAAUUCAAAACACUGGACGCAUUCACUUGGUGAGCCCAAGCCACCUACGGCCUUGGCAAAUUGUUGAUAAGAUGAUUUCGGUGAUCUGCUUUUACGGGAGAUACGUGCCUUCAGCGUAUACCCAGAUGGAGAAUUGCAUAAAUGAGUUCUUCUCAAUGUGCCCAUAUGAGAACAAAUGUUAUCUAGAGGUAAUUCGGCUGUCCUUUGUUCCAGAAUUGUUGGUCUCCCUUUACUUGUCACCGUAUCAAGUGGACAAAGCCAUUGCUGCUGGAAUGAUUAUGCAUAUUCUGAAGUUGAGUAGAAUAGUAUUAUCGAAAGAUUGGCGAAACGAAUGUGCACGUUUGGUGUUAGAGUUUUGUGAAUUGCUCAGGAGGGUGUCUCAUGAGGAUUCUCUGUAUCUUUCUUGCCGGAGUGCUCUUGGGUUGUUACUCAAAAACAUGGACAUUGCUAGUUGGUUGUAUGGAGAGGAUGCCAAGGGAGCCAACUGUUUGAUGAAGGAGAUUUUUUCUUUUGUUGGUGAGCUGGGGAAUAGGUUGUGUGAAGAUUUGGUUUCCAGUACAGAAUCUCCCUGGAAUUCAGGGCCCUUUUUUGGUGAUGUUUGUGACUUCAAGGCUUUUUUGCGCCCUUUGUUUGCUGUUAUUAAGAGAGAUCCUAGUUCUGAUCCCAUUAUCAAGAGGGAUUACGAGGAAGCCUUUGAGUUUCUUUAUGCUACAUUUUGUAAAUUGUUGAGAAAGAUGGAUGAGUGUCUUCUUAAGAUGCAGUGUUGUUUUCCUUUGAACACAACAUGGGUAGAUGUUACUGUCUGGAAUGGAUGGUUUCAGCAUCUUGCCAUUUUGGAGGAACUGCAUAGAAUCAGUGAAUUUUACGAGGUCGCUGAAAGAGAAUUGUGGAUGUCUUUACGGCAGAGAGAGUUUGCACUAUGUGUGCUGCUUGUUAAAUAUUUGAAGCCAACAGAUGAUAUUAGGUGGCUACUAGAGCAUAAGAAUGAGCAUGGCUAUGAAUUUAGAAGGCAUUUGGCCAGGCAGAUGAUUCCCAAGGCAAAUGAAGAUCUCCAAAGAUCGCUUCAGAUAGUAAUUGACAAGUACAUCAACAUGGAAGCAUCAUUCAUCCAUGUUGAAGGCCAUCAGCUGCUGCCUAACGAUUUGUUUUUACAACUCAGGGUACAAGAAGGGAGUGGAGCAGGACUCAAUAACUACAGGACAUGUUAUUUGAAGGAGAAGUGGUUUCCCUCAAUAUUCCAGGCCAUAUUCAAUCCAGAAAAUGCUCUUUUUGUGGCAUGUCCAAAUGAUCCUACACGGCUUUAUCCUAAUCCUGCAAUUAAGCCGAAGACCUUGCACCUUCAGUAUUUCCAGUUGGCUGGUCAACUGAUAGCAUUAGCUUUGAUUCAUAAAGUGCGAGUAGGUGUUGUCUUUGAUCGUACAUUUUUCUUACAAUUGGCUGGAAAGACUAUUUCAUUAGAAGAUAUACGGGAUGCAGAUCCAUCCUUUUAUAGUAACUGCAAGCAGAUAAUGGAGAUGGUAUCCAAGCCUAUUGUUUCUGAUGCUUUAGAACUAAGGUUUAUUGGAGGUGCAGAGUACAAGAGGAGCGCAGACCUUUGCCCUGAUGGAAAGAGCAUAGUUGUGAAUAGAAAAAAUUGGAAAAUAUUUGUUGAUCUUAUCAUUGAACACCGCUUUGUUACGUCUAUCUCUAAACAGGUUUCUUAUUUUACUCAAGGCCUUACUGAUGUCCUUGGUGACAUACAUCUCCAGAAGUUCUUUUUCCAUUGUUUAGAUCUUGAAGAUCUUGAUUGGAUGAUGCAAGGAAGUGGAAGCAGUGUUUCUCUUUAUGAUUUGAAGGCAAAUGCAGCAAGCUUCAAGUAUUAUAGUGACAGAAGGAGACAUGUUAUUGCAAAUUGGGAAAAAGGUAGGCUUUUGGGACGCGGGUCAUUUGGAUCCGUGUAUGAAGGAUAUGCAGCUGGGGGUUUCUUUUUUGCUGUGAAGGAAGUUCAAUUGCUUGAUCAAGGAAAUCAAGAAAUUCAAACAAAGCAGUGUAUUUACCAAAUAGAGCAGGAGAUUGCUUUAUUAAGCCAGUUCAACCAUCCAAACAUAGUUCAAUAUUACGGCACAGACAAGGACGAAGCAAAGCUUUAUAUUUUUCUAGAGCUUGUAAGUAGUGGCUCUCUUGCAGAAAUUUACAGCAGGUAUCAUCUCAAGGAUUCCCAAGUGGCUGCUUACACUAGACAGAUACUACAUGGCUUGAAGUACCUUCACGAGCACAAUGUUAUUCACAGGGACAUCAAAUGCGCAAAUAUAUUGGUGAAUGUUGGUGGAACUGUGAGACUUGCAGAUUUUGGAUUGGCAAAAGUGACCGAAUUUAAUAACCUUAUAAAAUCCUGCAAGGGAACUCCAUGUUGGAUGGCCCCGGAGGUCGUCAACCCAAAAAGAAGAGGAGGGUAUGGGCUUCCAGCAGACAUAUGGAGUCUCGGAUGCACUGUAUUGGAAAUGUUAAUCAGGAGACGUCCAUAUUCUCAUCUGGAACCUGCACAGGUUUUGUACAGGAUUGGAAUCGGUGAGCCACCUCCAGUUCCUGAUUUUCUGUCUGGUUUAUCACAGGACUUUAUACUGAAAUGCCUGCAAGUCAAUCCAGAUGAUCGUCCCACUGCUGCUGAGCUCUUGGACCAUCCAUUUUUAAGGAGGUCAUCUCAUGCCUAAUUAGUCUCAGUAAUUGUAAGUUUCAAUUGAUAAUUACUCUUUAAUCAAUAUUUACUCUUUAAUCAAUUGGUUAAGAAAUUAAACUCCAAAGAGAAUAUCAAACCUGCACACUCAAAUACAGGCAAAAACACGCAUAUAGGCAUCACAAAAGAAGGUUAUGCCUUAGUUUUGUGCAUUAAUUAAAUGCAUUUCUUCU